UUUUUUUUUUUUGACAUAAAAAAGUUUGUAGCUUUAACUUGUUUCUUGAAGAUGCCAAGGCCUGGUCCAAGACCUUUUGAAUGUGUUAGAAGAUCUUGGCAUAGUGAUAGACAUCAACCCAUUAGAGGUUCCAUCAUUCAACAGAUUUUUCGACUUGUACAUGAAAACCAUAGUCCUGGUACGAAAAAGAACCGAGAAUGGCAAGAGAAGCUGCCUGCUGUUGUCUUGAAAUCUGAAGAAAUUAUGUACUCCAAAGCUAAUUCAGAGGCCGAAUACUUGAACUCUGAGACGUUGUGGGAUCGUUUAAAUGAUGCCAUUGAUACCAUAAUCAGGAAAGAUGAGACCAUGGAAACCGGUGAAUUCUUGCCCCCUUGUGUUGAAGCUGCUCUUAACUUGGGAUGUGUCCCUGUUAGAUCAUCCAGAAGCCAAAGAAACACUAACACCAGAAGCUACUUAAGUCCUAGAAAUCAAGACCCUGGUCCAAAUGUUCAAAGACCUGAAGGUGUGGAUAGAACGCGUGCAUUUUCUGAAGUUAAUAACGAUAUCGGCCCGAGCUCUCAGGCUGCCCUUCCCGGUUCCUCACGUUAUCCUCCCUUAUUUGGAAAUUUACCUAGACAAAUGGUGUCCUUUGAGAAUAGGCCUACCAUUUUCCCUUUAUACCAUGGUUUCCAUUUUCAACCACGGGCGCCCCAGAUGUUUCAGGAUUCUCCCCAGAACCUGAACAAAAUAAUUGAUGGCACACCGGUUUACCACCCUACUCGUGAGACUUUACCCUCUUCUUCUCAAACAGGUUGUCCAGAAAGAUUGUUUUCAUUUGAUGGAUGCGACAAUAGUUCAAAGAAACAAAUUCGACCCGAAUUGGGGGAGUGUGAUUUGUCUCUUAGGUUGGGUCUUGUUUCAAGUAGUGAAAAGGGACCAACUUUUGUUGAUGAUGUUUAUGAUGAUGAGUCGGGUCUAAGAAGUUCCAAGGAAUUUUCUUUCUUUCCUUUGAAUUCAGAGGCUGAAGAAGUCGAGAAUACGGUGACAGAUGUUAGGAAACGAAAAACAGUAGGGGAAACACAGCAUUAUUUGCAUAUGAAUCCCGAUUUUGAGCGAAUGAAAAGACGCGGUUUGUAGAUAUCCAAUUCUUUACAUUCUGUUUUCUUAUGUGAUUCUUUGAAAUGAUAUCAGAAAGAAGUCUAUAAGUUUCAAGAUUUCAAAUUUUACCUUUUCCUGAUCAGCUUAGCAAGUUAACACUUAUUUGCGCAAAUUCCAGCUGGUUUUUGGUUAAUCUUGGAUGAAGUAUAAACAGUGGGUCAAAGUAAGGUUUGUCUCAAUCGUGUGUCCUUUUCUUUUUGUGUAUGGCAUGGGACAAUGGUAUGGGUGGUGAGGGUUGUCAUUCAUUUCAUGAUGUCUAUCUCCUAAGCACCAUUUCGCUUUCGGGUCCACAUCGUGCAUUGUCUUGUACCUAACACAUUAAAUUCCAAACCCAUUGCAGUCGGCCAUGACAAAUGCAUGAGGCCCAAAAAGGACCAGGGUGCUUCGCCUUGACUGCUAAAGAUUGUAUCAUGUCUUUUAGACUCUUUGACAGUUGUGGACUAAAAUCGUGUUUCGUUGUA